AUGUUUGAAGAAUUAGCUCAACGACAUGGAUUACGGAUGAUUUGGCCAGAACGACCAGGAUAUGGUUUAUCAGAAGAAUGCAGUCCACAGAAAUUAAAUGCAUUGGAUUGGGCAGAAGUAGUAAUACAAUUAGCGAAUCAUUUGGGUAUCAAUACCUUCAGUAUCAUUGGACAAUCAGUAGGUACAGUGUUUGCCAUGGCAAUAGCACAUCAAUACAGUCAUCGUGUGAUGGGGCCAAUGUAUAUGAUCUCACCAUGGGUAUCUACACAACAAGCAAAUACAUUCAAAUGGUCAAGGCGUCUUCCGGCUAGUUUGGUGACAAGAACAUUAUCAUUUGCAAUGGAUGUGAUGUGGUUAUUCAACAAACCGACAGCAUGGGAUUCAUCCACUGAUAUCAAUAGUCCUCCUUUACAAUCACCUCCACCUCUCUUUUCAUCGUCCUCUACCACCACGACAUCAUCAUCCAUCUCAUACGGUCAACACAUUCAACAACAGGAAGAAGAAAACGAAUUCUUGGCAUCUUUAGAAGGUGAAGACAAUCUACCGACGGAUUUCCCACCUCAUCGACCGUUACGACAUAUGGUACGACCAAGACAUGUAUCUCUGUAUGUGGCAAUGAACAAGUAUCGGAUGGCAGAACCGUAUCAAUCAGGACAGCUAGGGGAUGUAUUGGUAGCUCUGGAAAAAUAUCAUGAAUUUGGCUUUAGUUAUGAUGGACAAUCAACACCGGUAGCAGUGUCUGCGGUAUGGGGUGAUCAAGAUAGUUUGAUUCCACAGCGUGCGAUAGAUUGUUUUGCUAAUCAAAUUAGGGAUAUUCGAUUGAAGAUUUUGGAAGGGGAAGGUCAUGAUUUGAUUUGGAAGGAAGGUGUCAUGGCUUGGGCUAUUCGAAGUAUUGGUGAACGUUGGCGUGCGACUGAAGGAAGAUCCUCUUAG